CGGGGUUCCGGUCUUUGAGACUACAGUUACAAAGAGAUAAGCCUCACGGUCAAUGAGAAGCACUUUCAAAUCAGCGUGUGUGUCGAAAACGCCUGCGCCGUGGAGGCUGACUAGUCCCGGCGUGGCUGCAUGCUGCUGCUGACUUGACCAGACUGAAGGCUUUGAGACUUGAGGAACGGCACCAUGAGUUCUAAGGUGUGCAAGAACUGCGGCAGUACAGACAUCGACAUCGAUCAGGCACGCGGCGAUGCGGUAUGCAUGGGCUGCGGCUCUGUGCUGGAGGACAAUAUCAUCGUGUCCGAAGUGGAGUUUGUGGAGACGGGAGGUGGCGGGUCGCUGGCUGUUGGACAGUUUGUCUCUGCAGAAGAUGGAGCCAGGCAUCCAUCCUUCGGAGAUGCACACUUCUCAGGGAUGGGGAAGGCAUCCCGAGCUCAGACGCUGCAAAGAGCAAAGCAGCACAUCAACACUGUGGGGCACCAGCUGCAGCUGAACCAGCACCAUUUGGACACAGCUUUCAACUUUUACAAGAUGGCGCUCGUCAAGCACCUGACCCGUGGCCGCAAGGCCUCCCACGUCAUCGCCGCCUGCAUCUACAUGGUCUGCAGAACCGAGGGAACGCCACACAUGCUCUUGGAUCUCAGUGACAUUCUGCAGGUGAACGUCUACGUCUUGGGAAAAACUUUUCUUGUUCUGGCCAAAGAACUUUGCAUCAAUGCUCCUGCUAUAGACCCGUGCAUGUAUAUUCCCCGUUUUGCCCAAAUGCUGGAAUUUGGUGAGAAGAGCCACGAGGUCUCCAUGACAGCGUUGCGUCUGGUACAGAGGAUGAAGAGGGACUGGAUGCACACAGGGCGAAGGCCGUCAGGACUCUGUGGAGCAGCUCUUCUUGUAGCUGCUCAUCUGCACGACUUUCGGCGCACUGAAGAGAUAGUGAGCGUUGUUAAAGUGUGUGAAUCCACGCUGAGGAAAAGGCUGACGGAGUUUGAGGACACGCCCACCAGCCAGCUCACCAUCGAGGAGUUCAUGAAGGUGGAUCUGGACCAAGAGUGUGACCCGCCCUGCUUUACAGCUGGACUGAAGAAGAAGAAAGCCCAGCAGCUGGAGAUCGAGCUCAAGAAAAAGAUGGAUGAUGUUGAAGGUGAAAUUCAUGGAUACCAGGAAGAAAUAGACGCAGAGCUGGAGAGCAGCAGACCCAAGCUGAGAGGAGUCUAUGCUGCCUAUAGUAAGGGAGAUUUGGAUAAUGACGACGUUCUCUCCACAUCAUCGAUGCUGGAGGAUGAGGAGGAAACAGAAGAGGAAGACGAGCUCCAAGCUGUAGCCAAGCACUUUGGCAAAGACCUCAACGAGAUCACACUCGAGGCUCUGAUAAAGCUAGAGCAGAAGAGGCCAGAGGACGAGGAGGAGAACCAGGACCAAGAGGGCGAGGGGGAUGUCUCGAAGCGAAAAGCCCCGUCGUUGGCGUUCCUCCUGGGAUCAAUGCCCUCAUCGGCCACCCUGGGCCUCUCAGAGUCCAUCAGCAGCUGCGUCGGAGGCGAGAAGGAGAACGAUGGUGCUGCUGACAGCGGGGAGCUCGACUUGAGUGGGAUAAAUGACAGUGAGAUAGAGCUGUAUCUGCUGAAUGACAACGAAGUGAAAAUCAAGACAGCACUGUGGAUGGCAGAAAACUCCACCUACCUCAAAGAGCAGAAAGAAAAGGAGGCCAAGAUAGCGAAGGAGAAGGCGCUCGGGAUCUACAAAGAGAGAAAGCCUAGAGGCCCCAAAAAGAAAUGCCCCCCAAUCCGAGCUAACACUGCUGACGAGGCCAUAGAGAAGAUGCUGGAGCAGAAAAAGAUCUCCUCCAAGAUCAACUACGAUGUCCUAAAGGACCUCAACAUCAAGCCCUGUGCCAGCCCAGCUCGCAAGGCUGAGUCCCCGAAGAAGGAGAGGCCCGCUACCAAGCUGGCCGGACGCAACCGAAGACCCGCCCAAAUUCCACUGAGCCUCAGCACGCCGCUCAGUACCCUGGGGAAAAGGCUGCAGCCGUUCAUCAGUGGACAGCCCAGCAAAAAGGUGGCCGUGGAGCAGAUCGCCUGCUCCAACCCCCUGCCGGUGCCCGUCGAAGCCCCGGCUGGCGGCGUGGUGGUGGAGAGUGGGCCGGUCGUGUAUGACGACGUCCCCGCGGAUGAGGAAGAGGAUGAGGAGGAUGAGACUUGUGUCAGCGCCUUGGAGAUGUUGGGCGGCAACGAUUAUGGCUGUGAUGGAGAUUACGACGAUGGAUUCUAGCGGCAGCCCCGCGAGCGCGGACAGUUUUGAUCUCCCAAAAGAAUGAAAUGUUUACUAUCAGGGACACUAAGUGGCUGCGGCUACAGAUGGAAGCUGCAAUAUGGAGCAGAAUGAGGAAUACCCGUCAGGACAAACGCGUGCAAGUAAAUGAUCAUUAAGCUCCUCAUUCCAUUUGGUGUCCCAGCUGGACUGAACUGGGAGGACACACUGCUUGGAUGCUACCAGAGAUGUUUAGAUGGAAAUGAGUGGUGCAUAUGUGUUUAUCAGUGCAGGACACUGGCAGACUGCAGUGAUAACACUGCACAAUCAGGGGUUGUGCUUCCAGUUAGAACUGGUUUGCUUGGACGGUUGAGGCUAAAAGUUGAACUGCAACAACCUGUUAACGAAUCAGAAGAGUCUACGCUGGUAGACACUUGGCAAUAUUUUUGAUUUACCUGACUGUAAACUGCACAUCUUGGUUCUACUGGCAGAACAGUUAAUGAGUUAAUGAACAAAAUCAUGUGUACAGCAACUUCUAGCAGCUCGAGUUAAAACCGGGCUUAACUUUUGGACAGCUAGACUACAUCUGACUACAUUUGAAUGCAUCAUAAAGCUCUGACCUGUAAGGUUAUGGACACCAGACCUUUGAGGGGUUGGUUUUAAUGUUGUGGCUAAUGAGAGCACUUCCUCAAAUGCUGCAGAAACAGUGGUCAUAAAUGUAGACCUAUUAAACAGAUAUUACCGUUUAACUGAGCCCAAUUUUAAAGUGUAUUUCUCCUGACCUGCAAAUUAUAAACCAGUGUUAAUCAGUACUCUGCUUGGAGCCCAUCGGAGGAUGAAUGAUCAAGAGUUUGUCCCUCAGAUGGUGGAGUGCAGCAAAAACAAGCAGAUCACGACCUAUUCUCCUUAAAUGUGCAUUUUGAACUCAUAACACUUAACUGUGUGCGACUUCCUCUCAACUAUAGCAUCCUUGAGAAACAAGCAGGUAGCGUGAGAUCAAUCAUCAGUAUUUGCCAAGUUCAGUCAUUUCUAGUUCAGAUCGGUAUUUAUUGAUGCCUUAGCUGCUUAGCAGACAGACGCGUGCUGCCUGCUUUACCCAAAGUAUUACAUACACGUUGCCUUUGAUAUAUUUAAGCAAUCACAGGUUAUGUACGAGUGUGUAAGGAUGUAAUUUUAAUUUCAGGCUGAAUUAAAUAUAUGGAAUUUGAUAUUUGGAUUUGUUUUGAUUGUUCUGUUGACCUGGUUUGAACUUGUCUUAAUUAUUUCUUGACGUAAUUGCUUAUCUAUUAUCGAUCAUCUGAUUUACAUUAAAUGUCCCUUACAAUGUCCUGUUGCAGGCUACAGAGGCAUUCAAAGUCAAUGUGUAAAUACUGUCUCUGCAAGAUUAUAUUUUCCAAAUAAAUAAGGGAGUUCAGUCA